CCCGCCAUCCUCCCAAUAUAAGCAUCAUCAUGUCAUGCCUUCGGGAGCUUUUUACUCGUAACUGACAACCCCCUUUUUAAUCUUUCCUUUUCCUCUCUCUCCCUCUUUUAUUCUUUUUUUUUUUUUUAUAGAUAAUUCAAACUCCAACUAUCACACUCAAAAAGAAAAAAAAAUCCGUUCUCUUUAGGGUUUAGGUAAAUAAGGGCUUGAAUUCAUCGCUCUAAAAGAUUCAUCGAUUUCGGUAUAAAUGAAGUUGAAGAUCAACAAAGCUUGCGAUCUGAGCUCCAUAUCUGUUCUUCCUCAUACAAGGAGAUCGAGCCUGGCACCGAGUGGACCACGAUCAUCGCAGCUUAGAUCUCAGCCAUCACAACAAUCAUUCUCACAGGGGAUAUCAUCUCAGCAUGCCUUGUUUUCUCAGAUCUCACAAAGCUCACUCGAUGAAGUCGUGACAACUGAUCAGUCUUUGCGUACUUCAUCGUUGCAGAGAUUUGGUUCUCAAGAACGAGAAAAUACUACCAAGAUGUUUUCUGGCUUGCCUUCAACCAACUUUACAAGGGAAGAUAGUCAAUUGCCGAUUUCUAGAUCUUCCACCAACCUAAUACGCAAAUGGAAUUCUGCUCCUGCUCCAGAGCAUAGAUGUCAAACUUCUGAAGAACUUGAGCACCUGCUUUCAAUGAUUGAAACUUCAUUAAACAGAUUUGGAAUGAUCUUGGAUACUGUUCAGAGUGAUGUAAUGCAAUUGAACAAAGGAACAAAAGAAGUGUUGCUGGAAAUGGAAGGGAUACAGCAGAAGUUGAUUGCUGAAGAUACCUCCUUACAGCUAAUGAACAAAGGUCAAGAAGUUAUCAAAGCCAGCCUUGAUGGCAGCAUGAAAGAAAUAUCAGAUCAACUAAACAAGGAUAUUUAUCGAGACAAGUUACAACAGAUCUUCUUGGUGCUUUCUGCAUUACCAGAACAGAUGGAAGUUUCUCUAAUCAAACUACAAAAUGAGCUUUGCAACACCUUCACCAACGAAAUAAAGGCAAUUGCUUGCAAUGUGAAGACACUCAGCAAAAAAGAUCCAGUUGCUACUGCUAUUCUACCUAAGUCUACUGGCUGUUGUGCAACUCCACAAACCAAAUCACAGGCAGUUAAGAAGCAAGCUGUGCCUCCAAAAGCUUAUGAGCAACCCAGUCUAGCUCCAAAUGUAGAAAAAGGAGGUUGGAAAUCUGUAAAAAUGAAACAAUCUACUAUAAAUGAAAGGGCAUCCUGUAAAGAGAACAAGAGGAAAGGAGUUUCUUCUGUUGAGCAGGAAACAUACAGAAUCUUAAUUGAAUCAGAUGAAGAGUUUGAUGGAGUUUUUUCCUGCUUGCUUGAUGACAAGGAAAGAGAUGACACAACAAACAUUUUGAUAGAGGAAGCAAAUGAAGAGACUGAACGAAUUUUGAGGAAAGCUAGGAGGCGAAAGAGAAAGUACAAUAAUCCCAUAAUUAUUAACUAAAGGUACUUAGGCAUAAGCAUAUUCAAGUAGUUACUUUUUUGUAGUUGCCACUCAGCUAAAUGUUUCUCUCUCUCCUUAGCAUAACUGUACUCUUUAGAGUGGGUUUAAACUUUCAGAAAACAAUCACUUUAGCAUCGAAUUUGAUCUCUUGUUUUUACUGCAUACACUGUAGCUCCCCUUGUGCUAUUAAUGGAUGAUGCAGUUCGAAAAUGAACAAUAAAAAUACCCAAAUAGGGAAUGAGGGAAAAUUUUGUGGGUUUUUCCCUUGACCGUAAAGGUGGCAAAGUAUUUCCCUUGGAUUGGGUUCCCAGGUAUUGAAAGGCUCAACUUAAGCCCAUUCAAACUGGCCUGUUUUAGUUCUAUAAUAUUACCAUUAAUGAUCAUCCCUGUCGUCGUUGUCAUUAGCACCAGCAAGAACAGACCAAUUCUAAAAAUGGACAUCCAAUAGAGUCCGACUAAAGAAAGUUUCACCCUAAUUUUCGUUUCGAAUUCUUUUGGCAAACGAGUCUUAUCCCUCGACCUUCAAAGCGAUGACAAAAACUUAUUAGCGAAGUUUUCUGUUCAAUUUUUAUACUUACAUGUUACCCGUAAACAAGGCUAGUCUAUUUUUGAGUUGAAUUUAAGAUAGCUAUAUUUAUGUUUUAGGAUUAAGAUCGAUUAUUGUUUUAUAAUUAGUCAUCAUUGUUAACUAGCCAACGUAAAAGCAACCAAUAAUUUUAAAGAUUCGGGUCGUCUACGGCACCAUAAGAGUCAUUCUUGAGGGCCAUUUUUCAAUUUGAGGCGGCGCAUUGAUGAACUUAUCAUCUGAUUUCAAAUGGGUUGCUUAUUUAUGAAAACUUGACAGGAUUACAAGGAAACGUUAUU